AUGCUCGACUUUGCAACGUUCGUGUUCCCUGUGCUUUCAGAACUGGAACUGAACACCAAGUGCGUGGUGGAGAUGGAAGGGAAUCAGACGGUCCUGCACCCUCCUCCUUCCAACACCAAACAGGGAGAAAGGAAACCUCCCAAGGUAUUUGCCUUUGAUUAUUGCUUUUGGUCCAUGGAUGAAUCCAACACCACAAAGUAUGCUGGUCAAGAGGUGGUUUUCAAGUGCCUUGGGGAAGGAAUUCUUGAAAAAGCCUUUCAGGGGUAUAACGCUUGUAUUUUUGCAUAUGGACAGACAGGCUCAGGAAAAUCCUUCUCUAUGAUGGGCAAUGCUGAGCAGCUGGGCCUCAUCCCAAGGCUCUGCUGUGCUUUAUUUAAAAGGAUCUCUCUGGAGCAAAAUGAGUCACAGACCUUUAAAGUGGAAGUAUCCUAUAUGGAAAUUUAUAAUGAGAAAGUUCGAGAUCUUUUGGACCCCAAAGGGGAUAUUGAGUCACUGAUGUCUGAGGGAAAUAAGUCUCGGACGGUAGCUGCUACCAACAUGAAUGAAGAAAGUAGCCGCUCGCACGCCGUGUUCAACAUCAUAGUCACACAGACACUUUAUGACUUGCAGUCUGGGAACUCUGGAGAGAAAGUCAGUAAGGUCAGCUUGGUGGACCUGGCUGGAAGCGAAAGAGUGUCCAAAACAGGAGCCGCCGGAGAGCGACUGAAAGAAGGCAGCAACAUUAACAAAUCACUGACAACCUUGGGGUUGGUUAUCUCAUCACUGGCUGACCAGGCAGCUGGCAAGGGUAAAAACAAAUUUGUGCCUUAUCGAGAUUCAGUCCUCACUUGGCUUCUUAAGGACAAUUUGGGAGGCAACAGCCAGACCUCUAUGAUAGCCACCAUUAGCCCAGCAGCAGACAACUAUGAAGAGACCCUCUCCACAUUGCGAUACGCAGAUCGAGCCAAAAGGAUUGUUAACCAUGCCAUUGUGAAUGAGGAUCCCAAUGCAAAAGUCAUCCGGGAACUGCGGGAGGAAGUCGAGAAACUGAGAGAGCAGCUCUCGCAGGCUGAGGCUAUGAAGGCCCCUGAACUGAAAGAGAAGCUUGAAGAGUCUGAAAAGCUGAUAAAAGAACUAACAGUGACUUGGGAAGAGAAGCUGAGGAAAACAGAAGAAAUUGCACAGGAGAGACAACGACAACUUGAAAGUAUGGGGAUUUCCCUGGAGACAUCUGGUAUUAAGGUGGGAGAUGACAAGUGCUACUUAGUCAACCUGAAUGCAGACCCUGCUCUCAAUGAACUUCUGGUUUACUAUUUAAAGGACCACACGAGGGUGGGAGCAGAUACCUCACAGGACAUCCAGCUCUUCGGUAUAGGAAUCCAGCCUGAGCACUGCGAGAUUGACAUCGCCCCCGACGGCGACGUCACUCUUACUCCGAAAGAAAAUGCAAGGUCCUGUGUAAAUGGUACCCUCGUGUGCAAUACCACCCAGCUGUGGCAUGGUGAUAGAAUCCUGUGGGGAAAUAACCACUUUUUUAGAAUUAAUUUACCUAAGAGGAAACGGCGAGAUUGGUUGAAAGACUUCGAAAAAGAAACAGGCCCUCCAGAGCAUGACCUGGAUGCAGCCAGUGAAGCUUCUUCGGAACCAGACUAUAACUAUGAAUUUGCACAGAUGGAGGUUAUCAUGAAAACACUGAAUAGUAACGACCCAGUUCAAAAUGUGGUGCAGGUCCUGGAGAAACAAUACCUGGAAGAGAAGCGGAGUGCGCUUGAGGAGCAGCGGCUCAUGUAUGAGCGGGAGCUGGAGCAGCUCCGCCAGCAGCUCUCCCCGGAGAGGCAGCCCCAGAGCAGCGGCCCCGACCGCCUGGCCUACAGCCAGACAGCUCAGCAGAAGGUGACCCAGUGGGCAGAGGAGAGGGAUGAACUCUUCCGUCAGAGCCUGGCAAAACUGCGCGAGCAGCUAGUUAAGGCUAACACCUUGGUGAGGGAGGCAAACUUCUUAGCCGAGGAAAUGAGCAAACUCACUGACUACCAGGUGACUCUGCAGAUCCCUGCUACAAACCUCAGUGCCAAUAGAAAGAGAGGAGCAAUAGUGAGUGAGCCAGCUAUUCAAGUGAGGAGGAAAGGGAAAGGCACGCAAGUUUGGACCAUUGAGAAGCUGGAGAAUAGAUUAAUUGAUAUGAGAGACCUUUAUCAAGAAUGGAAGGAAAAAGUUCCCGAGGCAAAGAGACUUUAUGGGAAACGAGGUGACCCCUUCUAUGAAGCCCAAGAGAAUCACAACCUCAUCGGUGUGGCUAAUGUCUUUUUGGAGUGUCUCUAUUGUGAUGUGAAACUUCAGUAUGCAGUUCCUAUCAUCAGCCAGCAGGGGGAGGUUGCAGGGCGUCUCCACGUGGAAGUGAUGCGGGUCACAGGGGCUGUCCCGGAGCGCGUGGUGGAAGACGACUCCUCAGAGAACUCCAGUGAGAGUGGGAGUCUUGAAGUCGUAGACAGCAGUGGGGAAGUCAUUCACCGCGUCAAAAAACUGACAUGCCGGGUAAAAAUUAAAGAAGCAACUGGGCUGCCCUUAAACCUCUCGAAUUUUGUCUUCUGUCAAUACACAUUCUGGGACCAGUGUGAGUCCACAGUGGCUGCCCCAGUAGUGGACCCAGAGGUGCCUUCCCCACAGUCCAAGGAUGCCCAGUAUAGUGUGACCUUCUCUCACUGUAAGGACUAUGUGGUGAACGUAACCGAGGAAUUCCUGGAGUUCAUUUCAGAUGGAGCGCUGGCGAUUGAAGUGUGGGGCCACCGGUGUGCUGGAAACGGUAGCUCCAUCUGGGAGGUGGAUUCUCUUCAUGCUAAGACAAGAACGCUGCAUGACAGGUGGAAUGAAGUGACUCGCAGAAUAGAAAUGUGGAUCUCCAUAUUAGAACUGAACGAGUUAGGGGAAUAUGCUGCAGUGGAGCUUCACCAGGCGAAAGACGUCAACACUGGAGGCAUCUUUCAGCUCAGACAGGGUCAUUCCCGGAGAGUGCAAGUCACAGUAAAACCUGUACAGCAUUCAGGGACACUGCCACUUAUGGUUGAAGCCAUCCUGUCAGUAUCUAUUGGCUGUGUGACUGCCCGGUCCACCAAGCUCCAAAGAGGGCUGGACAGUUACCAGAGAGAUGAUGAGGAUGGUGAUGAUAUGGAUAGUUAUCAGGAAGAAGACUUAAACUGUGUAAGAGAGAGGUGGUCUGAUGCACUCAUUAAGCGACGAGAAUACUUAGAUGAACAGAUUAAAAAAAUCAGCAAUAAAAAAGAGAAAACCGAGGACGAAGUGGAGCGGGAAGCCCGGCUUGUGGAGCAGUGGGUGGGGCUGACUGAGGAAAGGAAUGCGGUGCUGGUGCCAGCCCCAGGCAGUGGGAUCCCCGGGGCACCUGCCGACUGGAUCCCUCCACCUGGAAUGGAAACUCACAUACCAGUUCUCUUCCUUGAUUUGAACGCGGAUGACCUCAGUGCCAAUGAACAGCUUGUUGGCCCCCAUGCCUCGGGUGUGAACUCCAUCCUGCCCAAGGAGCAUGGCAGCCAGUUUUUCUACCUGCCCAUCAUAAAGCACAGUGAUGAGGAGGUUUCAGCCAUAGCCUCUUGGGACUCCUCGGUGCAUGAUUCUGUUCACUUGAAUAGGGUAACUCCCCAGAAUGAAAGGAUUUACCUGAUAGUGAAGACCACAGUCCAGCUCAGCCACCCGGCUGCCAUGGAGUUAGUGUUACGAAAACGGAUUGCAGCCAAUAUUUACAACAAGCAGAGUUUCACCCAGAGUUUGAAGAGGAGAAUGUCAUUGAAAAAUAUAUUUUAUUCCUGCGGUGUAACCUAUGAAAUAGUAUCCAAUAUACCAAAGGCAACAGAGGAGAUUGAGGACCGGGAGACACUGGCCCUCAUGGCAGCAAGGAGUGAAAACGAAGGCACGUCAGAUGGAGAAACGUACAUUGAGAAGUACACGCGUGGCGUGCUGCAGGUGGAGAACAUUUUGAGCCUUGAGCGGCUCCGGCAGGCAGUCACAGUCAAAGAAGCACUUUCCACCAAAGCCCGGCACCUGCGGAGGAGCCUCAGCACACCGAAUGUGCACAAUGUCUCUUCCAGUCGACCAGACCUUUCUGGCUUUGAUGAAGAUGAUAAGGGUUGGCCAGAGAACCAGUUAGACAUGUCUGACUACAGCUCCAGUUAUCAAGAUGUAGCGUGUUAUGGGACUUUACCCAGGGAUUCACCUCGAAGGAGUAAAGAAGGUUGUACAUCAGAGAAUCCUCAUGCCUUAACAGUCAGCCCUUUUAAAGCAUUCUCUCCUCAGCCACCAAAGUUUUUCAAGCCCCUAAUGCCUGUAAAAGAGGAGCAUAAGAAAAGGAUAGCUCUUGAAGCAAGACCUCUUCUAAGCCAGGAGAGCAUGUCUCCAUCUCAGGCACAUAACCCUGGCUGCACUGUCCCCUCAGGAAGCAAUGGCAGCAGCAUGCCAGUAGAACACAAUAGCAAACGUGAGAAGAAGAUUGACUCUGAGGAGGAGGACAGUGACCUGGAAGCUCUUAACAGGAAGCUGGCAGGCUCACAGCCUUAUGUACCGGUGGAGUUUGCUGACUUCAGUGUUUACAAUGCCAGCUUGGAGAACAAAGAGUGGCUUUCUUCUAAAGUAGAUUUGACGAACUCAAGGGUCUUGGAGAAAGAAGUAUCCCGUAGCCCUACCACCAGCAGUAUUACCAGUGGCUACUUUUCCCACAGUGCCUCCAAUGCCACUCUGUCCGACAUGGUGGUCCCCUCCAGUGACAGCUCAGAUCAGCUAGCCCUUCCGACGAAAGACACAGACUCCAGUGAGCAUUCUGGACUAGCGCUUGGGCACGAUCUCAGACCGCCCUCAAACAAAGAGUUGACAGAGCUAGAAAGAGGUUUGGUAAAGGAUAAGAUCAUUAUGGUGCCACUCAAGGAAAACAGUGCCUUAGCCAAAGGGAGCCCAUCAUCCCAAAGCAUCCCUGAGAAAAACUCCAAAAUGUCCUGUAGGACUGGCUCAUGUUCAGAACAAGAUGCCUGCUCCAGCAAGAACGGCCACGCCGCCCGGGAGUUCUAUUCCCGGGAGGUGACCGUGGAGCACACCACAAACGUCCUCGAGGACCACUCUUUCACAGAGUUCAUGGGAGCGUCAGACGGGAAUGAUUUCGAGGCUCUGACAGAUUCUGCUGCUGGAGAGAUUUCAAGUAGGAAGAACCUACCAAAUAAAAUGGACAGUGAGAGCGUCUCAGAUGAGCCCCAGGACCCUGGCCAGCCGCAUUCCUUGGCAGACGAUGACCAGGGGAGCAGGACCUCGACUACGCGGUGAAAGACAGCAAGCACUUCCUCCACAGGCCCCAGCACCUUCGUCUGGGGUCUUCCUCAAAAGCACCAGCCUCAUCUUUAAAACAUGCUGCACCCAGCAGGACCUCACACCAGCAUGGAGAAGCCAUGCACUACCUGGGCCACCACCUCUCCCCUCCUGAGCGAGGAGCAGCAGCAGUGCUUUGCCACCUGGGUGAAUCGACAGCUUCUGCUUCCUCCAAAAAGCCAGAAAACCGAAAAUCCUGGAUUCAUUAAGUGGCAGUAUUUUUGUUUGCACUUACUACACACCGCACUGUGUAGAAACCUCCACAGAGUCAAACAGACUUAUUCUUGUACAAUUUUAAUCAGUUCUUACUGUAGAAUCUGGAGUCAAUACUCUAAUGUGGGUUUUUUUAUAAAUAAUAUAUAUUAUGUAUAUGAAAUGUAUCUAUAGUAUGUCUGUUCUGGGACAGACAGAACUGCACACUAAAAUGCAGAUAAAAUGGUUUGUAGAAAUCAUAAGGUACUGGACUUUGUUGCAAAGCACCUUGGGCGACCUCAUAUACACGAGCAGAUGAGAGACAUUUCAUUGCCUAAGAACGAGGUUGCAAAUCCCUCUGCAGAAAAGGUUACAGAAUGCCGUUCUUUAUAACCAAAGAACUUCUAUAUGACUGACCGAUUUUGCUGUCCACUCUUGUUUCCUGUGUACAUAUAUGUUUGACUGCAAGUUUGGUGCCAUACUCCCCUUGGCUACCAGGCCACGUGCUGCCGUUCUGUCCUGUUUCAUAAGCACACUGAAAACUCCCACAGCUGUGUUCUUUGGUCUUCCACCUGGCCUGCCACCUGCUGACCUGACAUUGUAUUAUAACCGUUGACAGUGACUGGGGCUCUGCCUCCAGCAUUUCUCAUACCUUGGUCCAGCCCAGCAAGGCAGGCAGAGUGCGGAAAGCAGUAUUACUGUAGAAACACAAGGGCAUACCAAGAGUUGGAUUGGGGUGGGGGAGGGGGUGUGGAUUUUUGUCUCUUCGUGGUUUUGUUUGGAUUGGUAGGUUUCAUUGUGGUAUGGUUUUUACUGUUGCUAUUGUACUUAAUUCUGGAAAAUGCUGAAGAGUUGGAAUGAGCUGUACAGUACUCACUUCACCGUGUUUGCAGGAGACGAUUGAAUACAGAUGACCUGCUGUCCCUGUCUCCACGUGGAAAAUGCUCCUGCUAAUGGAGACAUGGAGAGGAGCGUGUGUGCAGAAGGUGUUACAAAGGUGCUUUAUGUGCCUGUUCUGAAGAUGCCUGUGCAGCUGGCCUGGAGGACAGCAGUCGGUGUGUGUGAGAGCGAGGGAUGGUGCACAGCCCUCUGCACCUUUGUUCUUUAAGUUCUUAGCAUCAGUAAGUGAGUAAGAUAUUGGAGACUUUAAUGAAAAGCUGCUGUUCAUGAUUUUUGUGUAUAGUGAGCUGACUGUAGUAUUUUACUAUUGUCUGUUUUGAAAAAGAAAAACUGUAAUUUAUAUCCCCUUUCAACUUGAUCGUAUUUAAUUGGUACAGAUGUGUGUGUGUGUGUGUGUGUUUUAGAAUACAGACGGUCUAAUUCAGGUUUUAAAACA